AUGGAUUUUAUGAAACCCGAAACUGUAUUGGAUUUAAACAAUAUCCGCCAAGCUCUUGUGAGGAUGGAAGACUCUAUCGUCUUUGAUUUAAUCGAAAGAUCACAGUUUUACUCUUCACCUUCUGUGUACGAACCUAACAAAUUCCAAAUUCCUAACUUCAAUGGAUCAUUUUUAACAUGGUCUUUAUUGCAGAUGGAAAAAACACACUCACAAGUAAGAAGAUAUGAAGCCCCUGAUGAAACACCAUUCUUUCCUAACGAGCUUUUACCGUCUUUCUUACCAUCAAUAAAGUACCCCAAGAUUCUCGCAUCUUACUCAGACGAAGUCACCGCCAAUGACCAAAUCUUGAAGACAUAUGUUGAAAAAAUUGUACCACAAGUGUCUUGUAAGACUGGUGAGCAACAAGAGAACUUAGGAUCAGUGUCUGUUUGUGAUGUCAGCUGCUUACAGACUUUGUCGAGAAGAAUACAUUUCGGAAAGUUCGUAGCAGAGGCUAAAUAUCAAUCAGACAAAGCAAUGUAUAUCAAGCUUAUUAGAGCAAAGGAUGUUAAGGGAAUUGAGGCCUCUAUUACUAAUUCUGCGGUUGAAGCUAAGAUUUUGGAACGUUUGAUCGAAAAGGGCCACUCAUAUGGGGUAGACCCAUCGUUGAAAUAUUCGCAGAACCCACAAUCAAAAAUUAAACCAGAAAUCAUCGCCAAGAUCUACAAAGAUUUUGUCAUUCCUUUAACAAAGGUUGUGGAAGUUGAUUAUUUGCUCAGAAGACUUGAGGAUGAAUCAGAUGAAGAAUUGGCCAAGUACGAGUAA